AACAAGAAGGUACAAUACGGUCAAUAUUUUAAAUAGUAUAUUAUUGAUUUUUUUUUGUGAGAUUCUUUACAGAACAUCUUUCCAGGGAUUUUAUCAUCACUGUUUGAUAAAUCUGAAAAUUGUUUAAUAAAUUUUGGCAUUUCAAUAGCUUAAACUAGGUAUUUACUUCAUACAACAUCGGUUUCAAUGGUUUCUCAGACAAUGUUAGACAACAGAGAAAGUGGAAAAAUUUCAGGUAGUAACGGAGAAGAAAGCAUUACCCCUGAGACAGAAGCAUUGUUCAAUACUCCUUUCCAUUUAGAACAAGAAGAAGCCAUUACAUUAUCUAAGAACUAUGUUUUGCACAUGGAUACUACCAAACACGGGUCAGAGCGAGUUCUUGCUUUAGGCUUGUCCAGUUAUGAAGCUUGUGUUUAUUCAAUGGAUACGUCACUUCGGUGCACAGCUACUUUGCCAUCCGAAACAACUCCAUUGGUGGAUCUAAGGUUUGCUUCUUACAAUCCCUCUUUGUUAUACACUGGAUGUAGUCAAGGAAUAAUCAAGCUGUGGGAUUUAAGAACAACCACCAAAGCUGUACAAGAGUUCAGAGACACAUCAGACCCCAAGAGCAAUGGGUUGCAUGAUAGGGAGUUCUGCAGUUUUGAUGUCAACAUUAGUGGCGGAUUUGUGUGUGCUGGAACUGCAGUGACAGACGGAGAUGCCUACCUUAUGUUCUGGGACACCAGGAAAGCUUCGCUGCUCGGAGGUUAUUGGGAGUGUCAUAUGGACGAUAUUACCCAAGUUAAGUUCCAUCCCAGUGAGCCUGACAAAUUAGUUACUGGGUCUACCGAUGGUCUGAUAAACAUGUACGAUAUCAGUCAAAGUGAUGAAGACGAAGCUCUGCUGCAGUCGUUCAACACUGAGUCAUCUGUUGAGAAAGUCAAAUGGCACGAGGGGUCUGAAAUGUCAAUCUCCUGUGUAACUCAUACAGCUGAUGUUCAGUUGUGGCAUCUGGAAGACGGAGCCCCUUACAAUAGCUUCACCAGAGAGGAUAUGGAAUCUGUUGUACAGAUGAAUAAUAAGAACCUAGCAGAGAGUCUUUAUGUAGCAGAUGUCCAUUCUACGUCACAACCAGAUCAGUUUAUGGUUUUGACUGGUUCAAAUAAGAGCGUGAGCCGUCUUCGAUCAGCUGUAACUAAAGAAGGAAAACUUUCUCCUUACUCCUCUUUUCACGGAAACAAGCAAAUUGUGCGAUGUUCUUGGUUUGACCCUCAGGGAGGGUUGUUAGUGACUGCCGGAGAAGGUGGCAUUGUCAGUUUGUGGAAAGCCGGAGCAACGGAAAACGUUACAAGUCCUACACAACUUAAGGUGACAAGCAAACUGAAAGAAAAAUCACAUAAAACAAAAUCAAAACCAUAUUGAAUUCUGUGAAUUCAUCAAAACAAUAAAUCUACAUUUUUACAUUA